CAGCUUGCUUGCUUUUUCCUUUUCCUCCAUGAAAUCAUGAAAUUAUUUUCUAGGGUUGUGUUUUUUCAAAGCUGAAUUAGAGUACCUCUCUUUUAAUUUUUCUGAAGAUUUAUCUCUCUGAUUGUUAGUUCUAAAGUUAAUACUUUUACCUCUCCACAGAUGAUAUAUAUGUUAUUGGGUUUAGCUCAGCCCCUCCACUAAUAUCAGAAUUUAUAUUGUUGCUGUCUUCCCUUGGUCUUUCAUUUUUGUCUGGAAAGUUGAAAGUAGUACUACUGCACUUUUUUCUUUCUUUCUAGCUUUUCAUCCCAUCAUCUGAUAAAGUAACUUGUUUCUUUUGUUGCUGUGGGGAUUGGAGUGGUUAAAUCCAUGGGAGUUGAAGUUUCUGAUUCAAGGCCCAUCUUAGAGAGAAGAGGAAGACCUCAGAAGGAUCAAGCUUUGAAUUGUCCAAGGUGCAACUCAACAACCACUAAAUUCUGUUACUAUAACAAUUACAGUCUCUCUCAGCCAAGGUACUUCUGUAAGACUUGUAGAAGGUAUUGGACUGAAGGUGGGUCUUUGAGAAAUGUUCCAGUGGGUGGAGGCUCAAGGAAGAAUAACAAGAGAUCUUCAACUUCAUCAUCUUCGUCACCAUCAACUUCCAAUUCAUCUAAGAAGCUUGCUCAUCAUGAUCUGGUGAUGACCCAACAAAGUGCUGAUUCUCAAAACCCUAAGAUCCAUCAAGGUCAAGAUCUCAACCUAGCAUACCCACCAACAUCUGAUCAGGACUAUGAUCAUCAUAGCAUCUUUAAUCCUAGCUCUUCUAGAAUUAGUACUUCAUCCCCUCAUAAUCUCUCGGCUAUGGAGCUCCUCAAGAGUACUGGGAUCAAUGCAUCAAGGGGAUUAAUGAACUCUUUCAUGGCUCCCAUAUCUGUAGCAGAUUCGAAUACUAUCACGAUGUUCUCUACUGGUAAUCAUGGGUAUCCAAAUUUGCAAGAAUUUAAGCCAAGGCUCAGUUUUUCUCUUGAUGGGUAUGAGAGUGGCUAUGGAAGUCUUCAAGGCGUUCAAGAUGGUACAAGUCAUCAUCAUGCAAGGCUCUUGUUUCCUACUGAUCAGGAUUUGAAGCAGAUUCCAAGCAGUACUACUAAUACUACUACAAGCACUGAAUUUGAGCAAAAUGGAGGGGAAGGAGAUCAUUCUGGUGUGUAUUGGAAUGGAAUGUUAGGUGGAGGAUCAUGGUAAAAGAGAAACAUAAUGAUGAUCAAGAAGAUGGUAUUUUGGUUUUGAUUUUCACAUGGUGGGUGGGUUGGUUUGGAGUUUGAUAAGUUAAAUAACAAAUUAAUAUGGUACAUGGGAUUUCUUUCUUCCUCUCUUAUCAGUCUUUUUAGUACUUGAUUUUCCUAGGACUCUUUUCUCAAUUCUCACCUCUCUUCUUUUGAUGAAGAAAUUAAGUUUCUUCUUUUUUUAUUUUGUGUUGCUUUAAGUACUAGCUAGUACUACUCUCUAAUGAUCAAUGUGCAUGGUUGAAGCUUAAUGUUUUUGUUGGCUUCAAAAGGUCAUGUGAUCAAGGGUGUGAAGGAAUGCUGUACGAAGAUUCAUGAGUACAAGAGGAGGCCAAGCAAGUCCCAUAUUCCUUUUUAGGGUUCGCCAGCAAGAAAGAGUGGUAAUUAGUUAAAUUAUGUACAAGAAUCACUCGUGUUAUAUAUUCAUUCCAGUUAACUCAUGGAAAGAUUUGUGGUUUGAUUGUGUAUUA